AUGGAGAACCUGCUGCGCUGUAGCCGCUGCCGCAGCUCCUUCUACUGCAGCAAGGAGCAUCAGCGCCAGGACUGGAAGAAGCACAAGCUCGUGUGCCAGGUCGGCGAGAAGGUUCCUGCCCCCGGCACGGGCCAACCGUUAAGCCGGGCCGCGCGCCGCCGCCCAGGGCCGCCGAAGCCAGGGAGGCCAGGAAGGCGGCGCCGCGCCGGGACCGAGCCGUCGACGCCGCGGGUCCGCGGGCCUCCGGAGACGCGGCCAAGGCGAAGGCGAAGGCCAAGCCUACGGCUGACCCCGCGGCAGCCGCGUCCCCGCCCCGCGCGGCCCCCCGCAGCCAGGGUUGGUAACGCGCCGGGCGAGGGGCUGAGCCACGGCGGCCUGCGGCCCAACGGGCAGACGAAGCCGAUGCCGGCACUGAAGCUGGCGCUGGAGUACAUCGUGCCCUGCAUGAACAAGCACGGCAUCUGCGUGGUGGACGACUUCCUGGGCAAGGAGACCGGCCAGCAGAUCGGCGACGAGGUGCGCGCCCUGCACGACACGGGCAAGUUCACGGACGGGCAGCUGGUCAGCCAGAAGAGCGACUCGUCCAAGGACAUCCGAGGCGAUAAGAUCACCUGGAUCGAGGGCAAGGAGCCUGGCUGCAAAACCAUCGGGCUGCUCAUGAACAACAUGGACGACCUGAUCCGCCACUGUAACGGGAAGCUGGGCAACUACAAAAUCAAUAGCCGGACGAAAGCCAUGGUUGCUUGCUCUCCUGGCAAUGGAACAGGUUACGUACGUCAUGUCGAUAAUCCAAAUGGAGAUGGAAGAUGUGUGACAUGUAUAUAUUAUCUUAAUAAAGACUGGGAUGCCAAG